AUGGAAGAACCCGAAUUCGACUGUUUCGACGUUGAAUGUGAGAGGGAAGCGACCGGAUCAUCGAUCAAAGCAAUACGAGCGAUACUCGACACGAUUCGGGCCAAGCCUGGUCUGGUGACUGCCUACGUGAAGUUCACCAAUGUCCCACCGGACAUCGCCAAGCAAAAGUUCAGAAAGGGGUGCCGACAAUUAUACGACGCCGUAACCCAGCUCCUUAUUGUUACUGUACCGGGGCUCGCUCACGACACUGCUGUUGGAAAAUUCACCUGGUUCUUUACUACGUGUUGCCAAAGAGCUGGAAUAGAGCUUGUCAUCCCAACUUCAUCGGCAAGGGUAUAUGAAGGACAAAGCUGUAAAGAGCCAGACUGCUCAUGGUACCCAGAAGAUACUCCUGUCGAUCGAAACACUACUUGGCCAUCGGUCAUCCUCGAAGUGGGCUUAUCAGAAUCGACAAGAAAACUCCGUGCCGACGCUGCUUGGUGGCUAGCCAAAUCCGCAGGUCAAGUCAAUGUGGUCAUCCUCAUCUCUAUCAACUGUGCUGUGGCGGAGAUAACAUUCGAGUCCGUUGUCCUCGAGCAGCCACCCAUUUACCUACGCGGGGGUCGUCGACAGUACCGGCUUCAAACCAGGCAGUCAAUCACGGUCACUCGGCCACCAGGCGGUGCCAGUCAACCCGUCACCACAGUGCCAAGCACGUUGCCCUUCACUAUCACCUUCGAGGAGAUCAUGCGCCGUUCGCCAAUUCCACCCGAAGCAGAUAUGGCGAUCCCGAUUGCGGCCUUGGAGGGCAUUGCGAGGAAUGUCUGGAAAGCUCAGGGACUUUAA